AACAGAAGAGAUGCGUCCAGUAGCUAUGCUUUGGUUGAUGCAACUCAUUCUGCUUCUGGGUUUUCCAGCUGUGAGUUGUUCAAAUGUAACCAGACUGGUAGAUGGUGAUAACUCUUGUUCUGGACGUGUGGAGGUUUUCGAUAAAGGUCAGUGGAAAAGAGUGUGUGAUGAUGGCUGGGAUCUAAAUAAUUCUAAGGUGGUGUGUACUGAACUGGGGUGUGGAGCUGCCGUAGAUGCAAGUUACGCUUAUUUUGGCCAAGGAUCAGGAUCAAUGUGGAACUAUACUGUGCAAUGUAAUGGGAAUGAAUCUACUUUAAAGAGUUGCACAUCAAAUCAAUCUGCCAACUGCAGUAAUAAAGGUGCUGGAGUCAUCUGUCAGUCUCCUGUCUUAUUGGUUAAUGGCACUAAUCCAUGUUCUGGACGAGUGGAGGUUCGAUUCAAUGGUGUGUACGGAACAGUGUGUGAUGAUGGCUGGAAUCUGACAGACGCUGCAGUGGUGUGUAGAGCGACGGGCUGUGGAGAUGCUUUGGCAACAAACAGAGCUGCUUAUUUUGAGAAUUACUCAGGAAAAGUAUGGAUGAACAAUGUGAGCUGUAACGGGAAAGAGUCUACACUGCCGGAGUGUGCAUAUACUGGAACAAUUCCACAGAACUGCAGUCAUGAAAUGGAUGCUGGGGUUACCUGUGGCCCCAAACUUCGUCUGCAGAACGGUUCAAGCUCAUGUUCUGGACGAGUGGAGGUUCUUCAUAACGGAACCUGGGGAACAGUGUGUGAUGAUGGCUGGGACCUACAAGAUGCUAAAGUGGUAUGUGGAGAAAUUGGCUGUGGAAAUGCUAAAGAGGCCAAAAAUGGGGCUUUUUUUGGGAAAGGCUCGGGACCCGUAUGGAUGAAUAAUCUGAACUGUAAUGGGAACGAGAUCACUCUAAAGAGAUGCAGAUCAAGUGGAUGGGACGUACAGAACUGUGAUCAUUCUAAAGAUGCUGGAGUCAUCUGCCAAAAUGACAGUUCGUCUUCAACAACUGCAAAGUCAAGCUCAACAACAAAAGUGACGUCUACAUCUGCUGCGCACACCACCAGCUCUCUAACAGACAUCUCUUCAAUCUCUUUUAACUUCAUCUUUAUAAAUCAAUCACAAAGUUGGAUUGAUGCACUACGAUACUGCAAAGCUCACCACCAGACUCUGGUGCACAUUUUAAACGGCACUGCACAACAGUAUAUCACACAAAUGCUGCAAGCUAAACAAAUCAGCGGUGGAGUGUGGAUUGGACUUGAACGGGAUAUGCUUUAUGCUUGCUCACCCUGGUUGUGGACUGGUGGGCCGAAUGUGGAUUAUAAAGCCUGGAAUGAAUUGUAUCCAGUGGAUGCAGGAAGCAGAUUUUGUGGAAAGCUCCAGAGAGAAAACAGCACAUUUGGAUGGAUGGAUGCCUGCUGCUAUGAGAAACUUCCCUUUAUCUGUCAGGGGUGAAAAACUAGGUGGAGCUGUUUCCUAGUUUUAAGCUGGUGAUAACAGACUUGAGAUUCAUUUAAUACACUCAGAAAUGAUGCUUGCUGUUUGUUCAAACUACUUAUUUAAAAUGAGUUGAAACUACACAAAUCUUGAGGUCUGUUUGGGAACAACUUAAUUGUUUUAUGUUUAAUCCACUUAAAUGUGAAACCAGCGUAUGGUGUCCUG